AUGAAGCCGCAGAUGCAGAGACCCGCCGAAGAGGACGAGAUAGCGCCCACGGAGCUCAAGGAUCCAGAGAUGAAUGGAGACGAAUUCUGGUCAGCCCUGCGCAGCCAGAAGUUGAAGGCGCUGCUGCUGGAACGGGGUGGGCUCAUCCGAGUGUCGGACUUCCUUCCGAAGGAGCUUGCAGAGAAGACCUUUGCCACCAUGCAGUCCCUGCAACCUGGCGAGUGGUCCGAGUCCAACUCCUCCCUCUAUGAUGACAAGGGGCAGUAUGGCGACAAGAGCGCCAGCCACUGGUUCUACAGGUAUGACGGCGACAAGCUGGAUGACACUGUUCGCGAGAUCCAGUCCAUCGGAUCUGGCUUCUUCCCCAGCUUCCAGGCUGCCAAAUACGAGACCAGUGGAAACCUCAGCGCCCACGACGACAGCAACUACUUCCGGGUACCCCCUACGGACCCCAACCGCAGCAAGGAGAAUCCAGCUGGCCAGCUGCUCUUCCGCAAGAUCGCGGUCAUAUACUACCUGACCAAAGACUGGCGUCAGGACUACGGCGGGGCGUUGUUGGACCUCCAUGGAGAGACCAAGCAACUCUUGCCGCGCUUCAAUUCCCUCGUGGCCUUUCUGGUCCCCCGUGUCCAUCAAGUCGAGGAGCUGGCUGCAGGCUGCCCGCCCCGCUUUUCGAUCUUCGGCUGGUUCAGCGACACUGCACCCUACCCCAACGAGCAGGGCUUG